GACGAGCCAGCGGUGCCGAGUCCCGACGACACAAACGCGACAAUGUUCGGGGGAGCUUCUUCAGUCGUGCUGUGUGCUUCCGUGGAAGCUGACGCAACACCAGCGACUUCACCUGCGUGUUCUUCUUCUUCUUCUUCUUCGUCUUCUUCUUCUUCUGAAACGAGCCCAUUAUCGGCGGAAAAUCGCGUCUCGCAAACCAUGCCUUCCGUUCCCUUGUCCAACGAGGCUCCUGUGAAAAGCCCCAUCUGCUCCCACGCUGCCAAGCUGCUCCACCACAUCAACGGCGAAGUCAAACCGCACGAGGCUUCGGACCCGUCCAACGGGGUCGACGGCACGCGCGCGGCUGAGGUCGACGCCGAGCAGAACGGCGGCAUUCCCAGGAAAUGGAUCAGUCCGGACCUGCCGAGCCGCUGCAAGUGGAGCCUGGGAGCCCCGCGGGCAGAAUCUCCUCAUGCUCAUGUUCCAAGAACGGCUGCGCCUACUAUUCUUCCCGACAUUUUGCACAGGAUUGGUGACACGCCCCUGGUGCGGAUCAACAAAAUCCCAAAAGCGUUCGGACUCAAAUGUGAAAUAUUGGCCAAGUGCGAGUACUUCAACGCUGGCGGCAGCGUCAAAGACAGGAUCAGUCUGCGAAUGGUGGAGGACGCAGAGAGGGCGGGCAUCCUCAAGCCUGGAGACACCAUCAUCGAGCCCACCUCCGGCAACACCGGUAUCGGAUUGGCUCUGGCCGCGGCCGUCAAAGGCUACCGCUGCAUCAUCGUCAUGCCCGAAAAAAUGAGCAUGGAGAAGGUCGACGUGCUGAGAGCACUCGGAGCCGAGAUCGUUCGCACGCCGACCAGCGCUCGCUUCAACUCCCCAGAAUCUCACGUGGGAGUUGCCUGGCGCCUGAAGAACGAGAUCCCCAACUCGCACAUCCUGGACCAGUACCGCAACCCCAGCAACCCUCUGGCUCACUACGACACCACAGCCGAAGAGAUCCUGGAGCAGUGCGACGGUAAACUGGACAUGUUGGUGGCAGGAGCCGGCACUGGAGGCACCAUUACGGGCAUUGCCCGCAAACUAAAGGAACGUUGCCCCAACAUCAAGAUUGUUGGUGUCGACCCGUUAGGCUCUUGCCUGGCAGAGCCAGAAGAACUGAACAAGACUGACAAGACCCAGUACGAGGUGGAGGGCAUCGGCUAUGACUUCAUUCCCACAGUACUCGACAGAUCAGUUAUUGACAGCUGGUACAAGUCAGACGACGAGGAGUCCUUCAGUAUGUCUCGUAUGCUGAUCAGGGACGAGGGCCUGCUCUGCGGGGGGAGCUCUGGCACCGCCAUGGCAGCUGCUGUCAAUGUUGCCAAAGAGUUGAAAGAGGGACAGCGCUGCGUGGUCAUCCUUCCGGACUCCGUCCGAAACUACAUGUCCAAAUUCCUGAGUGACAAAUGGAUGGUGCAGAAGGGUUUCCUGAGCGAGGAGGACCUCAUGGUGAAAAAACCCUGGUGGUGGAACCUAAACGUGCAAAGUUUGAACCUGUGCGCACCGCUAACUGUCCUGCCGACCGUCAGCUGCCAGAGGACGAUCAAAAUCCUCAAAGAGAAGGGCUUUGACCAAGCGCCCGUGGUGGAUGAGUCAGGGGUAAUCCUGGGCAUGGUGACUCUGGGGAACAUGCUGGCUUCCAUCCUUGCAGGGAAGAUCAGGCUGUCAGAUGCAGUCAGCAAAGUGCUCUACAAGCAGUUCAAACAGAUACGUCUUUUGGAUAACUUGGGAAAGUUGUCCCGAAUUCUGGAAAUCGAUCACUUCGCCCUGGUGGUUCAUGAGCAGAUCCAAUACCUGACGGACGGCUCCUCCAGUUUGAAGCAGAUGGUCUUUGGGGUGGUGACCGCUGUGGACCUCCUCAACUUUGUCACAGGCUGUGAGCGGCGGGAGCGCACUUUAUCCGAGUCGACGGACGAGCAGGGACUGACUGAGAGAGACGUAGCGCAGUGCGGCGCUUGCGCGUUUCUCACGGCGUCAUAAUGCCCGCAAACGUCGUCAGUCAAGUUUGUCUCAAAUACGGUAAAAAAGGAUGAUCAUUUUUUUUUCAUGUUUAUGUGAACUUGAGUUUUGCAGGCUAUUUUAAAGUUUGUUACAGGAUUCAUAUAAGUUAAGAUUGGGUCAUUUUUGGAGGGGUUUGAAAGAAGUGGUUGUUGGGAAGUAAAUCUGCUUGCCGUGCAUAAAGAAAGUUGUUUUGUUUAAGGAGAAUGCUAUCGUUUAAUAUUAUUGUCAAUAGUUGAGCCUUUUUGUUCACGUUUGAGAUAAGGGAUAUCAGAAUGAUGAUUUAGAUUUUGCCAUAAAUCAAGAUUAGCCAGGCUGACUGAUGGUAUUCAUUUUUAGUUACAGUGUGCAUGUGUUUGCUGCUUGUGUGUGUCUGCAAAAAAAAAACAAAAAAACAAAAAGUAUUUAGUAUCCUACACGAGGUCUUUCUGCGUUCUAAAUGCUGCCGCUAGUUUUGACGGUCUGGGGGGAAAAGUAUUUUUUAUUUACUCAUUUAAUUGAUGUGGGUGGUUCAAUAAACAUGGUACAUUC